AAUGACUGCUUAGUUUGCACGUAGACAAUGUCCGGGACGGGAAAUAAAAGUCUUUUCGAGUGUUACGUGUGCUAUUCCUUCUAUAACAAUGAUUACCGCAAACCAAAGUACCUCAAGUGUCAUCACACUGUCUGCCUUGAUUGUAUUUACAAAACUACGGAAUCCUCGCCGUUGGGAGUAAAAUGUCCUUUCUGCCGUGAAUGGACAGAACUCGAGUCAACGGACGUCAACAAAGCUCUGCGAACCAAUCAAGACAUUCUUGACUUCAUGGAAAUAUGGUUAUUUAAAUUGACGAAUAACGUUGACAGCCCUUCCCUCGGUCGUGAUAGGGACACCGAUUACAAUCCAGCAAUCACACCCACAAAACUGCGGUGGUGUUGCCCAUGCCAACAGUUGGCUUUGAACACUUGCCAAGAUAAUAGUCACAGGACUUUAAUUAUUUCGCCUGCCGUUUUGAAAUUAGCUCAGGAAGCCAUGUCACAGGGCCGGCAAUCGCAAGCCAAUUGGGAAGAGGCAAUCACAAAAAGAGGCAAUUUGAAAGCCAUAGUCACGUCGAUACAAUCAUCACUGAAUCGUUUGAAAGACAGUGUUGACACACUAGUCGAAGAGAACGAACGGGCGUUAGCCGCUCUGCGUGCUUGUUUCGAAGAUGUGACGCAAUCCGUUAACGCGUUUGACCCUUCGGCCCCUAAUGUUGAUUUGAAGGGAUUCGUUAUCCAAUCUGAGCACGAUUUAACAAUUGCAACAGACAGCUUGGAAAAAUGGUCUUCUUUUGACGGGGCCCAUGUCUCAGUUGCUUUGGAAUCACCUCAUCCAUGGUUAAUGAACGCAUACACUAUCCUUGAUGGUGUCAUUUCUUGGGUGGAGAACACUUCGAAUGUAGUUAAGAAGGAAGACGGGAAAAUGCCAGAAUCCGAGAUAGAUUUUAAUGCUUUUCUGUUAGACGCUCGGCGAUUGAUUGGCUUUCUAGUAGCCUCCGUCCCUAACAGCUCAGUUCCAAACGUACGCCGCGGCAAGGCACAGAGAAAACCGAAAAGAUCUUCGAACCCGCUACCGUCGGCAAGACCAAUAAACCUUUCAUUGUCUUCUCAUACACCUCAUCGAGCUAAUGCACCACCUCUAAGAAAGGUGUUGUCGGAGCCCACUUAUCCGCCAUCAAAAGGACACUGGACAGAAUAUAUUUCCACCUGUGCCUGGAAUCCAACAGAAAGCGUCUUGGCUUCAACUGGGAAAAACGGAUCCGCUGCUCUAAGUUUUGACCCGGACUUCAAUCAUUUAACACCACUUUCGUUCGAAGGAAUACAGAACGUAGGAAGCAAUCAACCUUUAGAAAAGGGCGGUGGUAUCCAUCGUUUGGCUUGGAAUCCUAAAGGCACGCAACUGGUCACUGGAUCGAAAGAUGGUUGGAUUUCUUUUUGGACGUUGAGUGGAACAAGCCUCUAUCAACAAAAGCAGCACAACCAAGAGAUAAUGGCAAUGACUUGGAAUCCCGAAGGAAAAUUGCUGGCCACGGCUGGUCGGAACACGGUCAUUAAAAUCUGGAAUGCUAUAGGCCAGAAUGCAGUUCAGAGUUUUACGUAUCACAGCAACGCCGUUUGCGAUAUUCAAUGGCAGUCCGAGAACACGUUCGCCUCGUGUGAUAUAAGCGGCAAAAUGUUCUUUGGCGACAUUAGGUUAGUUAACAAGCCUCAGUUUGCCUACACGGGGCACAAGGAUUGGGUCAAAUGUUUGCACUGGGAUCCAGAGCAUUUCCUAUUGGCUUCGUGUUCGGUUGACACUACUGUAAAAAUUUGGACACCGUUAGUGCCACCUUUUUUGCAAGAAUACACAGGUCACUCAAAAUCAGUGAACGCAGUUGAAUGGAGCCCCACCGGGCCGGGAUCAUUGUAUCCCAAUGCUAAUCGCUACCUUGCCAGCUGUUCCGAUGAUCAAACGGCUCAGAUUUUGGACGUGAGCAAACACGCGGUGGUGCACAAACUGGAAACCAAGACGAAACCAUCCAGAAUGACGUGUCUUUCUUUCUCGUGUGAUGGUAAACUCCUCGCAACAGGCAACGAGAACGGUGUCGUUGAAAUAUGGAACGCCCAUAAUGGCCGUGUUGUUCACACGUUCGCCGAUUUUGGAUCGAGUAUCAACAAAAUUGCGUGGCAGAAGGACGGAACAAAAUUGGCUAUCGCCAUACAAGACAAACCUUGCGGAAUCGUAGACAUCAAGAAUAACAAGCAAAACAAAUAAUUUUAAAGCGAGACGCCCGAAGUGGAGGGUCCUUUAUGGUUGCUGAACAUACAGCCUAGUGCUAUUUCAUUUAUUACGUUCGUUUCUAAACACGAUGGCUUUGUUAGUUUAUAGCAUUUUUCUUUGUUCUUAUUUAGAUCGGCAUCGAAAGAAU